AUGGUUACCUAUGGAAACGCAGACCACAUGACGGAAAUGUGGCGGAGGAUUUUGUUUCACAAAAUGGCCAAUCUACGCAAUAUGCUUAACCAGAAGCACAUGCUUGCGAUAUACAUAUCAACCGUUGAUAUCUACCCUGAUCAUCCCGAUUACCCAGAGGAGGUCGCACUUUUUUCUUCCUCACGAGCUAGCAGCAGCCCUUCCGUGACUAGUGUAGAUAGGCCUGGUAUAUUAAGGAUCUUUGAUGUAUUUCAAGAUGAUCCAACUGAGCCAGAACGCGAGUAUAUACACCUACAUGCACGGCCUAUUUGA